UGGAAGCCGCUGCCGACUCCGCCGCCGCCGCCGCCCCGGGUCCUAAAGCCCGACCAGAGGCGAGCCAAGCUCCUUCCUUCGCAGCCCCCGGGCCGGGUGCCGCUUUCCGGGCGAUGCUCUGCAAGCUGAGCGCUCGCUUCGACCCUUCCCGGGACGUGGGACCUUGGCUUUCGGAGCGGGCGGCGGCUGAGCGAGAGGGCGGCGCAGAUGCUUGGGGAAAUCAUUCGGAAACGCCGCUUAUAAUAAAUGUGGAAAGAAAUGGAAACGUUCUUUAUACUUGGAAGGGACCUGAGGAGUACACCAAUGUUGGAUUGUACGACGAUGAUAAUAAAAAAAACCAGCACCUGUACACUUUCGAAAAAGACCUGCGGGUGAUCAGCUGCUCCGUCAAUCAUGAAAAGACCUUGUUAGCCAUCAGUUUCCUUCAGACAACACAGGAAGAGAAAAAGUUCCUUUUUCAAACAGUUCCUAAAUGUCUGACCUUGCUCAUUGAAAUUCACCCGCUUAAUAACGUGAAAGUUUUAAAGGCUGUGGAUAGCUGCAUCAGAGUACAAUUCCUAUAUCCGAUUACAGAUAAAAAGUCGUCAGAUAGCUGCCUCUUACUCAUUUCAGAAGAUAAAUAUGCCGAAAAAUUGGACAUCAGAACUGUCAGAGAAGGAGACAGAGUGACGAUUGAAAAUUCGAGCCGGCUUUCGAAAGAGAGAAUUGCCGAUGAUCUCAUGUGGUCCCAGUGGGAUAUGCUAGGACAAAGACUAUUCUACAUUGUCACAAAGGUGAAAAACAAGAAAAAUUUUGCUUCUUUGCACUGGAAAGUGUGUCUGGAAUCCAGCGACCUGGAUAAACUCUUACCAUACACGUCACUGCUGAACUGGAAGAAGGACAUUCCUGGAAUCCUGUGUAAAAUGUACAUUAUCUCGUUACCCUCUUUAAAGGUGCGAAACUUCAAAGGCUUCUGGGAAAAGUUAAAUGUGAACCUGGAAUAUGUGAAAUAUAUUGAAACGCCUUUGCAUUUCAGCCACAAAGUGCUGCAGAGGGAAUGGUAUAAACUGCUUUCCGAUGAGAAGUCGGCAGCGAGAACAUCUUAUCUCAAAAGUAUAUUUGAAAACACGAAAAAGGUACUUUCCAGUUUACAUAUGUGGGAAACAGAAGAAAGAACAGCUCCUCUUUUUCAAGACGAAGAUUAUCAGCAAAGCUUGCUAACAGGACUGAUGGUGGCACAACUGAAAGAGCAUCUCCUGAGACCACUGCAGUACAUUGGCAAAAAAAAGAUUGAUCAGAUAGCUGUGGAUUAUGUUUCAAAACUGCUGGGCCUAAUCUGUCGGAUGAUGGAGAAUGUUUGGAGGAAAUACAGUCCUAGCUCCUUGGCCUUCUCAUUCAGGCAACCAGAGAAAGCAAAUGAGGCCGUGGUGUUCCAUAUCAUGUGUCGGAUUCUGCAGGCAGCCAGGAUGUGUCUGCCUUUGCCCCCAGGGUUCCACACUCGCCACCUGGAAGUGGGGAUGAGGUGCUUCCCUUUGCAUACGGUCCUGCAGUACAUUGACCACGGAGUUCUGCAUCUAACAGAAAAGAACGUCCUGAAUCUUUGGAAAGAACUGGACAACACUGAGAAGAACGUGAAGCUCAAGUUAAGUAUCCUUACGAGGCUUCCCCAGGCAAUUGGUUGCAAAGUUUGCCAGCUUUGGAACCAUUCUUUAAGCAACAGCACUAUUGCAAGGAACUACGUGAAACUCUUGUUUGAGAAACUCAGCAAUGAACAGUACAAUAUACCGUUUACGGACAGAAUAUCAACCCAGAUUGAGUUUCUCCCGCUUAACUAUUUGGUGACUACUAUAAUAGAGAUGGAACGUCAAGGCUGUGCAGCUUCUCUGGAAGAAACCAACAUGAAUGCAAGAUUGGUUGAAGAAGUGGCACUGAAACACACUACAAUACUCUUAGGCCUUUAACUUAUUUAAUGAGCAAGACAAAAUUGUGAAUCCAGUAGCGUCUGAAUUUCGUUGUGCCUUUUAACAUAUUUGCAGCUGAAUUCCAGAGAAGACACUGAUAGGAAGCUGUAAUAUUAUAUCCGAAAGAAAUACCACAACUUCUGUUUACUGAUGACUAGAGUUCAUUGUAAUGAACCGGCUUUUAACAACAGCCUACUACUGGGAUUUGCAAAUUGUUCUGAAUGCAAAAUAUUUUACAUUCAGAUGCUUUUGAACUUGAAACAGGAUUAUUAUUUUUUUUCAUUUUCAAACCUCACACGGAAACUGAAUUAGAAAAAAAGGGUGUUUUGGAAUUCAGAAUAGAGUCCGAGCUUCAAAUGUUUUGUGUCUCGUUAUAAUAGGUGCACUGAAAUAUUCUGAAAUAAUUUUUUAAUAAUCCAAUAUUAAAAUGAACAGGAAUCAUCUGGCUGUAACAUUACAAGAAUAAACUGAAUCUGAAUUCAACGUAGUAUUUAUUUGUUAACAGAAUAGGCCGCUGAGCCCCCCCCUUUCCGCCCCAAAGCAAUUGCCCUUCUGAGCAAUUGCAAAGAUACGAUUAAAUAAUCAAGAUGAAAUGUUGGCAUAAAAUGUGCCGACGUUAGCAUUUAAAUUCUUACCUACAAGAUUGAAUAAGGAGCUGGCAGCUAUUGUAUUGUAUAUAUAUAAGAUAAUAUGAGCAUGAACAAGGUACUUAUAAAAUAUUGCAAUUGAGAAACCAAACCUUUUUUGUAAAUGGAAAUAAAUGUAUAGAUUUGG